AUGUCGGGGAGACCUCCUGUCGUCAGCAGUGUGAACCCUACUAGUGGCCCUGCUGCUGGAGGAAACGCGGUAACCAUUGUCGGCUCUGGUUUCACCGGUGCUACGGCUGUGACAUUUGGCUCCACUCCUGCGACCUUCACUGUGAUCUCCAACACUCAGAUAACCGCUGUUACUCCCCCUGGCCCCUCCGGUGGCGGCCCCGUUGCUGUCAUUAUCGCUAGUCCUGGUGGUACUAGCGGGGCUGGCGUUAACUACACCUAUGUAGCUACGCCCGCCGUCAGCAGCGUGAGUCCCACUAGUGGCCCUGCUGCUGGAGGAAACACGGUAUCCAUUCUCGGCUCUGGCUUCACCGGUGUUACGGCUGUGACAUUUGGCUCCACUCCUGCGACCUUCACUGUGAACUCCAACACUCAGAUAACUGCCGUUGCUCCGGCUGGGCCUUCCGGCGGUGGCCCUGUUCCUGUCGUUGUCACUGGCCCUGGUGGUACUAGCGGGGCUGGCGUUAACUACACCUAUGUAGCUGCGCCUACCGUCAGCAGCGUGAGUCCCACUAGUGGCCCUGCUGCUGGAGGAAACACGGUAACCAUUGUCGGCUCUGGCUUUACUGGUACUACGGCUGUGACGUUCGGCUCCACUGCUGCGACCUUUACUGUGAACUCCAAUACUCAGAUAACUGCUGUUGCUCCGGCUGGGCCUUCCGGUGGCGGCCCUGUUCCUGUCGUUGUCACUGGUCCUGGUGGUACUAGCGCGUCUGGCGUUAACUACACCUAUAUAGCUGCGCCUGCCGUCAGCAGCGUGAGUCCCACUAGUGGCCCUGUUGCUGGAGGAACCACGGUAACCAUUAUCGGCUCUGGCUUUACCGGUACUACGGCUGUGACCUUCGGCUCCACUGCUGCGACCUUCACUGUGAAUUCCAACACUCAGAUAACUGCCGUUGCUCCGGCUGGGCCUUCCGGCGGCGGCCCUGUUCCUGUCGUUGUCACUGGUCCUGGUGGUACUAGCGCGUCUGGCGUUAACUAUACCUAUAUAGCUGCGCCUGUCGUCAGCAGCGUGAGUCCCACUAGUGGCCCUGCUGCUGGAGGAAACACGGUAACCAUUGUCGGCUCUGGUUUCACCGGUGCUACGGCUGUGACAUUUGGCUCCACUCCUGCGACCUUCACUGUGAUCUCCAACACUCAGAUAACUGCCGUUGCUCCGGCUGGGCCUUCCGGCGGUGGCCCUGUUCCUGUCGUUGUCACUGGCCCUGGUGGUACUAGCGGGGCUGGCGUUAACUACACCUAUGUAGCUGCACCUGUCGUCAGCAGCGUGAGUCCCACUAGUGGCCCUGUUGCUGGAGGAACUGUGGUAACCAUUGUCGGCUCUGGUUUCACCGGUGCUACGGCUGUGACAUUUGGCUCUACUGCUGCCGCCUUUACUGUGAACUCCAACACUCAGAUAACUGCUACUGCUCCGGCUGGGCCUUCCGGUGGCGGCCCUGUACCUGUCCUUGUUACUAUUCCUGGUGGUACUAGUGCCCCUAGCGUUAACUACACCUAUAUACCUGCGCCUGUCGUUACCAGCGUGAGUCCCACUAGUGGCCCUGCCGCUGGAGGAACCACGGUAACCAUUCUCGGCUCUGGUUUCACCGGUGCUACGGCUGUGAACUUCGGCUUAACUCCUGCCACUUUCACUGUGAACUCUGACAAUCAGAUAACUGCGGUUUCUCCCGGCGGCACUGCCGGCUUCACCUACUCUGUCCUUGUCACCGGUCCUGGUGGCAGUAGUGGCCCCGUCUUGGCUGCUAACUUCGACUAUGUGUGA